AUCAGAUGAGAUAGUGAAAGUGGCCUCGCGGUUUGGGCGUAAGGCUGGAGGAUAUCAGCGGGCUUCCGGUAGAAAUGAUUCGAAUUCAAAUAGAAUUAACAAAAGUUUUAUAAUAACUUCCAAACACAAAGGUCUUCGGAGUAUUUACGAUUCUUCUUUGAUCAAGUUUCAAUAUGGGACGGUUAUGGAAAUAUCAACUUGUUCUGAUCUUCAAAUGCUGGUGUUUCUUCUCUGUUGCUGUUGUCAAAGUAAAUGUUUCGAUGGCACGGGUUUUAAGUGUGACACGUUCUGGUGCGAUAGGAGACUCAUUUGAGAUUGAAUUAGAAUCGAACGGGUGCUCAAGCUGUCAACAAUAUGGCGCUAUCCAGGUGAAUAAUGUAUCAGCUAAUCGUUGUUCUUGUUCUUGCAACGACAAAAAGAAGCGUACGUUUUACACAGAACACACGGGGACGAUGAACUGUACAGAAGACAGAGAUAUUUUGGCAGAUCCAAGAGACGGAAGUAUUUGUGACUUCUACAUUGACCAAUCACAGCAGUUAAAGGUUCUUAACCUUCAAGUGAAGGGAGAAGCAAGACUGAAGCCGAAUGGUUUCUGCAGCAGACUCAAAAUUGCUGGAUGGAAAUUUUAUUUUAAUUCUUCAUGGACUUCCUUUCCUGCCGGUGAUGCCUUCAGGCAAACAAAGAAGCUACGUUCAGCAGAAAAUUUCAGUUGGAAUGGAAACCCCAAUUCCUUUUACAGAGGACUUCUGAUAAAAGUUAUGUUUAAUUGUACUUACAACAAGCAGACAGAAACUCGCUGCCUCAUGUUCAAAGCUGAAGGAACACAUCAAUAUUUUAGCAUUUCUACAAGCACACCACCCAUCUCUAAGCCCACAUAUACUUCAAGAGAGGAGAGCUUUGUUCAGAUGUCAAAUGAAGAAAAUACAGAGACCAACAAUUCAUUGCCGACUGGUGAGUACUCAAAUGCCGAUGGCAAGAAGAUCUGGAUUGCUGUUUCCUUGGGUCUGUCUGGUCUUGUUUUCAUUGCCAUCAUUGUUGUUGUUGUAUUUCUGGUGUUUAAGUGUCGAAGGAAUUGCAAGCAGGAAAGAACAGAAUCCCGUCGUCAUCCUUCAGAGCAGCCCUCUGAGUCAGCAGUUUGUUCUCCUUUGCAUGACUAUGAGUAUGUGCAUUAUCCAUGUCUAGUGAAUGGUUCAAGGAGUCCACAGAAAACUACGAAAAAUCCCUUGUAUGAAAGAGGUGAAGAUAAUAAGCUGAUCAUCUGGACACCAGGUCACAGUGGAACACUCACUCGAUCUUCUGAGACUGCAGCACCACGCCUCCCUUAUCAGCGACUUCUGACACGAACAUCCUCAUCAACCCCUGACAGUGCCACAGGAGUUAGGCCAGUCAGUUCCCCUGUGAUGGAAACUUACUUUCCUUAUCAGAAGCUGAUCAGGGCUACAACCUCCUUGCCGAGGACAGCAGGCUCAUCAUCGUCUUACCCUGACUGUGCUAACGUGGUCAGCCCUGCCAAAUUUGCUCAAGUGGAGGAGGAGGUAUUUCCUUACCAGGAGCUGUUCAAGUCGACACCGUCACUAAAGGGGGAAGCACCUUGGCUCGAGUGUGGUCAAAAACGGGUGUCUGAGGCGAAGUCAAAUGACGAAGGAGUGUCUGUUGAGCCAUAUCAGUGUCUGUCUUUGCAGAGAAAUCAACCGUACCCUCUAGACGAAUUUGACGGAUAUGCUAGAGUUGAGGAUGUGAAUCCUCAAACGGAGGACUUUGAGUACGAUUAUGCUCGUGUGGAGAUCGAUCCGGUUGAACUGCGCAAUCUUUUCCGAAUUUCACAUAGCGAUGAUGCUAUCGACAAUAUUCCGAACACUUGCAUGGAAAUAACGAUUGGCGAUCUGAGUAACACCGCAUCCACUACAAAAAUUCUUGUCAGCGAAUCGUCGUCUUCUCAGUCAUUCAAGGGUGAUCAUGAAACUUUUACGUGUGAGGAUGUCGAAGUAAGAAAGAAUGACUGUUCCGUGCACGGGAAUGAGGGUCUGAAACCGCAGGUUUUGCGUCCAGCAGCAUCUUAUGAGGAUUUGUCGGGGCGCCGCGUUGAGGAAUAUGAAGAAAUGGGAAAGAGAAGGAGUGUGUUGAUGGUCGAGGAUCAUGAACCAGUUGAGAUUGAAGAAGACAACGGCCACGAAUACUAUGUGCUUGAACCUGUGGUUGAGUGCGACGAAGGUGAAACGGAUGAUGUAAAUUAGAUGCUGAAGGAAAGAAGGAACGGUUUGAAAUAACUCCACAACCGUCAUUACCUCUAUUAGUUUUUUUUCUUUAGCCUAUGGCAUACGAUUAUGUGUACAAAAUGAUAUUUCAGCGAUAUAGAUGUGUCAAUACAUUAAUUUCUAAUUUCAUAUUAAGGAAAAAAUUAGUGAAAUGUAGACAGAUUCCAAAAAAGCUCCUUAGCCACAUCCCAAUAGAGUAUUUAUUGAAUUUGUUUUGACUUCAUUGUGCAUUUGUUAAUUCCAUU